AUGAGCGGCUCCUUCGAUCGGAAGCUCAGCAGCAUCCUCACCGACAUCUCCAGCUCCCUCAGCUGCCAUGCGGGCUCCAAGGACUCGCCCACCCUGCCCGAGUCUUCGGUCACCGACCUGGGCUACUACAGCGCUCCCCAGCACGACUACUACUCGGGCCAACCCUAUGGCCAGACCGUGAACCCCUACACCUACCACCACCAGUUCAAUCUUAACGGGCUGGCGGGCACCGGCGCUUACUCCCCCAAGUCGGAAUAUACCACCUAUGGAGCCUCAUACCGGCAGUACGGAGCCUACCGCGAGCAGCCUCUGCCUGCCCAGGAUCCAGUGUCGAUCAAGGAGGAGCCGGAAGCUGAGGUGCGCAUGGUGAACGGGAAACCCAAGAAGGUCCGCAAGCCCCGCACGAUCUACUCCAGCUACCAGCUGGCUGCUCUGCAGCGCCGCUUCCAGAAGGCCCAGUACCUGGCGCUGCCGGAGCGCGCAGAACUGGCCGCGCAGCUGGGCCUCACGCAGACACAGGUGAAGAUCUGGUUCCAGAAUCGCCGCUCCAAGUUCAAGAAGCUGUACAAGAACGGGGAGGUACCCCUGGAACAUAGCCCCAACAACAGUGACUCCAUGGCCUGCAACUCUCCACCGUCCCCAGCCCUCUGGGACACCUCCUCCCAUUCCACACAGGCACCUGCACGCAGCCAGCUGCCCCCACCGCUCCCCUACAGCGCCUCCCCCAGCUACCUGGAUGACCCCACCAACUCCUGGUACCACGCACAGAACCUGAGUGGACCCCACUUACAGCAGCAGCCACCGCAGCCGGCCACCCUGCAUCAUGCCUCCCCUGGGCCCCCGCCCAACCCUGGGGCUGUGUACUGAGCACCCACUUGGCCUGUACCCCCACGAAGGACCCCAGGACCAGGCAGAAGGUGCCCUGCCCUACCAACACUCAGGAAUCAUGGAGGAGCACAGGGGAAAGGGUCCCUCCCUUUCCUCCUUCCUUGCCCCUUCC